AAACCAGUUUUACGAUCACUGAUGGCGUCGGACGAGAAGAAAAAAGAAUCUGCGGAAAACGUUACUGGGCGAGCGAAAAGGCAGAAGGUUUCAACCAAAAAUCUCCCUUUGGCUCCAACGGACCCCAUACCGAGCACAAAAAUCACCAAAUCGAGAUUGGAUUUCAGCACGGCGAUGGCAAAGCAGCUUUUGCUAGAGCAAGUCGAAAAGGGCUCAAACGCCAACUUUGCGCUGUCUCCACUAUCGAUUGACGUCGUUCUAACCAUGGUGGCCGCCGGAUCCAGAGGCCGCACCUUGGAGCGUGUGCUGGCGUUGCUUGGGGCACAAGACAUCGAUGAAAUCAAGUCGAGUGCUUCGGAGAUGAUGGCGGCGGCGGCGGGAUGUGGUGGUGGACGAAGGUCUGAUGAGGGCGGUGACGGUCUGGUUUUGUGUAUGGUUAACGGAGCUUGGGUGGACAAACGUUUUCCUCUUAUAGAUUCUUAUAAGGAAGAAGUACUGAAAGGGAUCUGCGCUUGUAAUGCAGAAACUGUUGAUUUUCAAAAGGAGGCUAAUGAAGUGGUAAAGAAAGUGAACUCGUGGGCCGAAGAAGCAUCAAAAGGACUUAUCACAAACCUUCUACAACCUCAGUCGUUAUCUUCACAAACAGCAAUUGUUCUUGCAAAUGGACUCUACUUCAAAGGAACGUGGACUAGCGCACAUAGAUUUGAUGAGAGUCUAACCAGAAAAAGAACUUUCUAUCUUCUCACUGGAGACACUGUUUCAAUUCCAUUCAUGACGAGUCGUAAGAAAUAUCACUACAAAUCGUUUGACGCUUUCAAAGUCCUCAAAGUCCCAUACAAAAGUGCAAAACUCGAUAGGAAGUUUUCUAUGUACUUCUUUCUCCCUCACGAGAAAGUAGGGUUACAAAAUCUUCUCAAAGAGCUCUGUUCCGAUUCUGGAUUUUUGAAGCAAGAUUACUUCAACAUAAGAAAAGUGAGUCUUGCUAAAUUUUGGAUCCCAAAGUUCAAACUCUCGUAUGAAUUUGACAUUGCUAAGACCAUGAAGAAAAUAGGAAUGACGUUUCCAUUCACUGAAAAUCCAGAAGACUUCUCGGAGAUGAUGAAAAUUCCCAAGGGGAUACCAUUCCUUUCUAUAUCAAUGACGCAGAAAGUUGUUGUUAAGGUAGACGAGAAAGGCACAGAGGCUGCAGCCGUUACUCGUGCCCGCCUUAGAAGUUUAUCAUACAAGCGAUCCCUCCCAAAACCGAGUUUUGUUGCUGAUCAUCCCUUUUUGUUCAUGAUCAAGGAAAAGAUGUCAGGGUUGGUUUUUUUCAUGGGAGCAGUGCUCAAUCCAAGCCUUUAG